AUGGGAGGAUACACAGGUGCCUCACCAGGCAUUGUUCCAGGCAUGGGAGGAUACCAAGAUGCCUCCCCAGGCAUUGUUCCAGGCAUGGGAGGAUACACAGGUGCCUGCCUAGGCAUUGUUCCAGGCAUGAGAACAUACCCAGGUGCCUCCAUAGGCAUUGUUCCAGUACAAAGACAACAGGUGCCUCCCAAGGCAUUGUUCCAGGCAUGGGAGGAUACACAGGAUCCUCCCCAGGCAUUGUUCCAGGUAUGGGAGGAUACAAUGGUGCCUCACCAGGCAUUGUUCCAGGCAUGGGAGGAUACCAAGAUGCCCUCCCCAGGCAUUGUUCCAGGCAUGGGAGGAUACACAGGUGCCUGCCCAGGCAUUGUUCCAGGCAUGAGAACAUACCCAGGUGCCUCCAUAGGCAUUGUUCCAGUAAACCAAAUGGUUGGCUUCCUUACAUGA